AUGACUAGUCUCAAGCGUUCGAGGAGUGAUCCCCCGCCGCCUAUCACCAUCGAAGAUACAGCGAGUGGAGAGCCUCCACAGCCGUCACCUUCGCCUACUGCAGAGCGAGCCAGGACCUUUGAUGUACGACCGACAUACCAGCAUGAGGAGUCCCAAUCUACCGCUCAGCAGCGGCGAAAUAGCACGUUUGGGCACAGACGCAAGCAUAGCCCAAACCUACAGUGGCACGAAGAAUGGACAGACGAAAGCUGGAAGCACGGCCGUGUGUUGCUGGUUGAUUACGUUGGGAAGGAACACGCCCCAGAAGGCAAGAGAAAGGUAGUCAGUAAAGAGUUCUGUGACGUGGACAGUCUACGGAGGUUCUACCGGAAGAAAAGCGUCUCGGAUCAGGCUGCACUUCGAGUCAUCCAUGUACAGAAUGCACCUUGGGCGACACGCUUCUUGCUGGGCAAGUUCAAUAUCGAUGGAAGUCACGAUCUUGUCGGCACUACCUUUGGGAAAUGGGCGCAGUAUGAACGGCCUCUUGUACGCAACAAUAAGCCUGUCCCGAACGGAAGGACGUUUCGAGCGCAGCGCGAUCCAUGGAGGGGCAUUAGUCGCGCUUCGUUCAGUUGCGACUAUCUGAAGCACUUUCCAAGAGGAAAGAUUCAAAAGCCGAAGAAAGGCACCAAGAUGAUGGAGCUCAACGGCUACGAUGCGGAUGAUCAGCCUUGUUAUGCCUAUGAUGCACUCGUACAGCGUCUCUCCGUUUACGUACAGCUGAGCAACGGCACGCCAGGGUCGGCAACUGAUCCAGACAUACCCAAUCCUUACAACGAGGAAGAGUUUGAGGACUACCAGCGCUUGAAGAAGUCGUAUGGAGAUGUGAAUGCGAACGAACACAGAGAGAAGUACAUUCCCAAACUCAACACUCUCGAUAACGGUAGCACCAUCAUUGUCUUCGAAAGUUCGCAAUCUGGCGAUGUUAAAGACACGCUGAUUGGCGCUCGGCAAGAAAUCGAAUCUCGCUGGCGGCGACUAACCUUCUACCUUUCACGCGAGGAAACAUCAUCCGAUGAAGCACUAACAGUUGAGUGCAUGGACUACAUCCUCAAAGACAUCUUCAAGGCCCUCGCCUACAACUGGGACCGCUUCCUCGCCACAUGUGAGGCGCACGUUGGUAUCCUGGAGGACAAGAUUUACGAAAACCCCGCCGAUGAGUCCCGCGAUCAGGAGCUCUGGAGCAACAGCGCCUUAUGGCUCAAAGUCGAGCGCUUGAUUUGGAAACACCUGGAUAUGGUCAAAGAUAUGCGCACAUAUUUGCACGAACUCGCAUCAGGCGAUCCAAAAGAAGACGAAGAAUGGCUGGGCAAUACCCCGACUGAGCUCGAACGCCUCACCAAACAAUGGGAGCGCGACAUUAUAGCACCAACAACCGCCCUCGCAGAUCUAAUGUACAAGAGUGUAGGCAUUCGCGACGCUCGUCAUUCCCUGCAGCUCGGCCUCUCUAUGUGGCGCCUUAGCUGGAUUACGUUCAUCUUCCUUCCACUGACCUUCGUAUGUGGCUUUUUCGGCAUGAAUGUCGAUACGUUUGAGUCAAACCCGUCAAUCAAGUGGUUCUUCAUCUCCGCUGUACCGGUUCUGUUCACCGUCCUUGUACUUUGGUACGGUGUCAAGCAUUCACUUUCUACGCAGCGCCAGAACCCACUUCGCAGAGGCGUCUACGAGUCUCUGUAUUAUGACCUGGCAGUCAACUACCCACAUCUGUGGACAAGGCGUGGGCCCAGGAGUGGACUGACAUUUGUCGGCACAUGGGGAUUGAUUAAGUGGCGUCUUGUGACUCGAUGGUUCGGCGGUGAUAAAUUGCAGCGCAAGGGCGACUACGACCCAGCAGUCGACGAAUUUGGGACCUGGAGUCGCAUCAAGCGGUAUCUUGUGAGGAGAUGGCUACCCGAGCUCCGCAUCGUCGUCGCAGACACACUGCCCAAAAACCAGGCGCCGGGGGAGGAGCGACUGGAUAGUAUAGCAAGCUUCAGCAAGGAUUUAGGUGCCAUUGCUGAGCUGAUGAGUAUCGCAACGCCUGUCGCGCUCGCUGAGAUCGAACCUACAGCUGCAAGUCGCCUGCAGAGACGCAUUCCGGCCGAGCGACUGAAGAGCUUGAGCCCAACGAGGAGCGACAGGAGUGGAAGUGGAAGACCGAGUAGCGAGGGCGGGGCGAGUGAAGUUAUGAUCGACGAGCGGGGUGCUAGCGAGGAUGAGCGCAGUGGCGAUGAAGAGAGGGACUGGGAGAUGGAGAGAGCAAGGCAGAGACGGAUGAGAUUGAAUGUGCCGUUUGAAAACGGGCGUUUAACGUAG